GAGCACUGAGGAUGAGCAGCUGGUUUUCCAGGGAAGGGCAGCUGUUGGCUGUCUUAGCUCAGUUUUGGAAAGAGAUGGACAGGGAGGCUUUGGAUUUGUAGGGCAGGAGUGACAUGGAGCAUUAACACAGUAGUGUGAAAUUGUGGAUCAGUUGGCCUUUGCCUUCAGGGACAGCUGGUGGGUCAGAACAAGAAACAAGAGAUGGGGCUUCAGGUGAUGUAGGGCCACACUGCACUCCUCGCUGCUGAGGGCUGAGAGAGACAGACAUGUUCAAGGGGUGAGCAGGGAGUUCAUGAGGAGUAAAUGUGUUGACAGCUCCUAGUGACCUGCUUUGCUUUAGGAAGGCUGAACUGCAGACUGUUAAUGGGGACACUGCAGGGGAAGUGUCUAUAUCCUUACACUGCUUAUAGAUUUUGGGGUUCUGUUUUUUUCUCCUAAGGUACUGAAAGGGGGGGACUGGACACCAGGCAAGUUAAUCUUACCCAGGGUAGCAAUUUUAACUCUGACUGUCACACAGGACUGAGGCCCUAAAGGGUAUUAUGCUACCUUAUUACAAAUUCUGAAUUCCAGGCCUUUCCUUACAGGUUUCCAGUUUUUAGAGUGGCUUCUGAUGUUCAGGAUCUUUGGCCAAAAAGGGCCCAGGGGUGUGGCAGGCAGCACACACCACUUUGAUAGUUGAAGGAAGUAGAAGGUACACAAAUGGAAUAUUGCAAAGCUGAGUGAGAGUAAGUUGUGGUUUACACAGACCAUUUCUGUUAUAAGCUGGACAUCCCCAAGGCAUCACUGCUGCCAGAAACCUAAUUUAAAAAGAAGUUGUCCUUCGGGUUGCUCUCUGUUAAUUAACUUCUCUCAGUUAAAUUCAUCUGGGCAGUCUUAUCUCACACAGUUCAGUUGUUCCUCAGGCACAACAUCAUUCAAUUUCUCCCAUCUUUUUUUUAACAAGCACCUUUUUACAGAUAGCAUUCAGUUUUGCUGCCACCAUAAUGAAAUGAAUUCUCUUGUGACCCUUUCUCCUAGUGCCCUGCUGGCAAUUUUGUACCAAUUUGUUUUGUCAGAUUGAUGUGUAAAAGCAUCCAUUGCUAUUUUCUAUGGAUAUUCUCUCAGCUUUGGCAAAAUCUGUGUUAAAACACAUGUUCAUCAUGUACUGACCAAAGCCUGUAAGAAAUAUGUGAAAGCCUUCAGAGCAGCACUGUGCUGUUUGGUGUAUAAAGCUAUCAAGCAGGGGAAUGUCACUUUGGAGAUGUUCUGUGCCACAGCAUUUUCAGCAGGUACCUUGUUCUGGAUGGUGGGAGAACCUUACUUCAGGCACCUGCAGCACCAGCCAGGGCUGUCUCGGGUAACAGAAUGGAGGUAACUCCAUUCUUAAAACUAGGAUUAGUCACUCAUUUAAAUGCUCUGGAUUGUUUUUAAAAGUGCCAUUCCCACUCAUUUCACAGGAAGAGUUAAGAAACAGGGCUCUCAAUGUGGGCACCCCAGGUAAGGAAUGGAAGAACUCUCCUGCAAGAAUCUCUGAAGCAUGUAAUUUUCUGUUAGAAAAAAGCACAAAACCAGUCAGCAUCUCCUCUCCUGCAGUGGCCCAGCAGCAAAAGUCUGGUCAUGACAUCUGCUCUGCUCUGACUUCCAGAGAUUUUUGGACUGUUGGGAAGGAUGAGUUCACUUACUCGUGCUGGAACCAUAGUCUGUUCUAAGUGUCCAGAGCCCUCAUUCUCCUGUAAUUUAUUGCACCUCUGCAGGCCACAGUAUGGUUGCAGUUUGUAGUUCUGAUUUCUGGCACUUAAAUCAGUGUGCAUUUAGUUUAUGAUGAAGAACCAUUUUGCUUCUUGCAUGUCUGGAAGGCUGGGCCCAGAGAGCAGUGGGGAAUGGAGUCAAAUCCAGAUGGUGACCAGUCCCAAGGAGUCCCCACGGUUCAGCACUGGGGCUAGUCCUGUUUAAUGUCUUCAUUGAUGAUCUGGACAAGGGAAUCGAGGCCACACCCAUUUACUAGGAGUGAUUAAAGACAAUGGAUCCAGACUUUUUAAAUGCAUUUACACAGCCUUCUACACUCGAUCGAUUCCUAGCUGAGGAUGUCAUCGCUAAAGGGGAGAAGAGGAAACUCAUAAAACCGACCCCAGGCAAAAACCCCAAACUGGAAGAAUUGAAACUGUUCUUGACUGAGUGGAUCAACAGAACUCUGAAAGAGGAACACAUAGUAGUUAAAAGUCUGGAGGAAGACCUGUAUGAUGGGCUGGUACUUCAUCAUCUCCUGGAAAACGUAGGAUCUCUCAAGCUGGAUGUUGAGAAGAUUGCAUUAACAGAAAAAAAACAGCGACAGAAACUCUCUGUGAUUCUGGAAGUUGUGGCCAAGUGUUUGCAACUGGAAGAAAGUCAGCUGAAAUGGAGUGUGGAAUCUAUCUUGGCAAAAGACUUACUGAGCACACUGCAUCUUCUGGUUGCAAUAGCAAAGCACUUUGAACCCACCCUGGCUCUGCCUCCAAAUGUUCAAGUGGAGACAAUCACCAUCGAGACUACCUCCAGAGGAUUAAAGACCUCAAAUGCGGUGGAAUAUAUCACAGAAAACAAAGAGAAUAUAGAAGCACAGUCAAAAGAUGAUGUCUUUGAUGAAUUAUUUAGCUGUGCUUCAGAUAAACAGCAUGCUGCAAAAAAGGCACUUCUGCAAUUUGUUGACCAGCAUGUUGGAAAAUUAGGAUUAAAUGUCAAAGACAUCGAAUCUCAGUUUUCAGAUGGGGUUAUCUUACUUCUCCUAAUUGGACAACUAGAGGGUUACUUCCUGAAUUUAAGGAAUUUCUUCCUGACUCCAGCCAGCACCAUGGAAAUGCUGCACAAUGUUAACCUGGCACUGGAGCUGCUAGCAGAGGGAGGCCUUCUGAAUUUUCCUGUGAAUUCUGAAGAUAUUGUGAACGGAGAUACGAAGGCUAUAAUGCGAGUUCUGUAUUGCUUGUAUUCCAAAUACAGAACCAAAGAAGCAUGAAGAACAAGGCCAAGAGCAUGAGCUGCCAUGGUGUGGUUUUUGGAUUCCAAGCUCUAUUUGCCACUGCUUCUGGGCAUGCACUGGCAUUUGACACUCGCUGUGUUAACACUGUAUAGCAAAUAUAUUGUUCAUGCAAGGUUUCACAUACACAGCCUGAGCAAGUGUAAAUGUGUGUCCACAGCCGAUGAAAUUCUAGGGCUGUAGCUCUUCUUCCAGAUCCUGCCUUCUGUAUUCUCUGAACUCCACCAAUGCUGCAAAGAAAUUAAAUGUGUGUUUAUUCUGGGCCCUGUAUUCUUUGCUCCUGAAGGUGACUUUGAAAGUUGUUGCAUCCUCUCCAUUUUCCUGCUUCUGGAAGUCAUUUGGAGAACUAGAGAGGAGAAAGACCCACCAGAGUGGGAGGGCUGAGACACACCUGAAGUUCAAAACCUGCUUUAGGGAGGUGGCCAGUGCUGUCAGACAAGAGGAAUGAACUGGAUGACAAAUGAAUAGGUAGCAAAAAUGAAAUAUGAACUUAGCAAGUGUUCUAUAAACUUGUGAACUUACCAAGUGUUCUAUAAAAGUGCUCAUUUGCUUGAAAAUGGAAAAGGCACUCAGCACAAUAUGCUGGUGUGAGACUGGGCAGGAACAGGGGGUUCUCCUGCACAGCUUUAGAAGGAUGCCCCUAUUUCCUUGCUAAGCCAGUGCCAAACCAUGUCCAGAUCCAGUUGAAGCCCUGACACCAACUCUGGCUAGCAGGGAUGCCAGUCCUUGUCCUGCAUGUUGUGAGAGGGAGUCACACAUCUGCACUUUGUCUGCAGUAAGAGGUGGGCAGAUGCUGGCUCUGCAGCUGGUGGAGCUAGAGGCCACUACGGGUGGGAGCAGUGAAUUCAGCUUCCCAGCACCUCUGACAGCUGAGUCAUCUCAAACUCCUCAGGCGCUCCUAGGUGAAUUUGCCCAGCCUCCAUCCCCAGCCUCCCAGCAGUUUCCUCUGGGUACAUCAAGGUAGCCAUGAUUUAUUAAUGAUCACCCUCGGUCUUUCCUGGGAGAUUUAAAUCAGAACUCCUUUCAAAACCUCCAUCUACUCUCUUGACCUUAAAUUUAUAUCAUGUUGCAUAAAACUAGAGAUAUAAUUAGGAAAAAAAAAAGCAUCAGUAUUUUUUUUUUGCUUCCAUCUAAACUGAAUAAAUUUCCUGCCAUGGCUAACUCUGAUGUUUGGUCUCUGGUCUGAACCUCUAUCUGUGUGUUAAUGGGAAACCAGAGCUUGCUGGGUGUGUUGACAUUUACAGAGGAGAAUUUGUUGUAUCUACAUCUGCAUCAUGCAGCCCAGGGAAGAUCCUUAAAUAGCAAUGCUGGUAAGUUUUGAAAAUGGUAACACUGCACAGCUGCUGGGGGACAGAGCUGUGCAAACUGCCCCCAGACCAAUCCCUUCUGCACCAAGAAUUAGCUUGUGACAUUUUUACAGAGAAAAAUACAAUCUUUGGUGCCAAUGAGCUACCAAGAUCACUUGAUUCUCCAGCAAAUAUUAGUUGUGUGUGCUGAUCUGGACAACUUAAGUAAAGAAUACUUGGUUCUUUCAUUUCCAAGUCCCCAUAGGCAUCUUGCUUGAUUCCUUAAUGGGCUUCCAAGAAUCAAGUGGGAGACCUGAGAUGUUCAUUCUUCCUUUGCAAAAUUUUGUAGCACUGCACACAGAAUAUGCAUUUAUUGUAAAAUGAAUUGCUGUUGAGCAGAUAAACCCAGGAUGUGGCUUGUGGAAAGCAGGGAUGAGGGGGCAGGAGGGCCUGGGCAGUGAUUAGGUAGCAGUGAAGCCUUUUCUUCCUGGGAAGCUGUCCUGAACCUCUUGCCCUCUGCUGGUGAUCAGAAUUCAGUUCCAGUGUGUGACUCCAGGCAUAUGACCUGGGUUAGGAAAAAGCCACCAGUGCUAGGAGGAUUAGCUAGUGCUGCUCUAGUUAGAUGGCUAUUUCUGCUCAAGGAAACUGCUGGAUUUUAAUCAUUGUGCUCUGAGUUUUGUGUUCCACUCCUCUGACAUAAAUAAAUCCAGUGCUUGUACUUCCAACGGGGGAAGUCUAGAUCUUGAUAUUUAAUAAAAGAAAGGGUCAUAUUCCCUUUCCAACACCAGCUUGCCUACACCUGUUAUAAACAAGUCAUUCUUUUGAAAACAUACAGAGGAGAAAAGAUGGUUAAUGUACUUGAAUAAAAAACAUGCUGAGACCAAAAAUUAAUGUUUUAAUCUGCUUUUUAUGCUGAGAGCAAAUAUAUAAUACAUUUCAUGUGUCUGAUGUCUUUGAUAAAGGCUCUGUGUUUGAUUCCUAAAACAUGCUGUGGAAUUUUACUAAUCCAUCAUACAGACACCCACUCCAU